AUGGGCGAGGGCAGCGCGGAAGUUGAGGCUACAGUACCUUCAGCCGCGAUCCAAGUUGUUGUGUUGGGCUCAGGUGGUGGUCCAGAAGAGUCCAAUACGACAGCUUUCUUGGUAAGGUCAACAUCAACGGGCUGGGGUAAGGGGUCCAUCGUAGCCGUGGACGCUGGCGUACAUCUUUCAGCAAUCAAACGCAUUUUGGAAAAGACGCAACCGCCUGGCCUCGCCAGCGGCGAGCUCCCCUUGCCGCACGUCUUACAGGAAGGGCCGUUCAAGGGACUAGAACUACCGUUCGCAACUCCAUCGGCAAACUCGUCGCACAUCCAGCGUAGCUUGGUGGACACGUAUCUCAUCACACAUCCUCACCUCGAUCACAUCGCUGGCUUUGUGAUAAAUACCGCCGGCCUCCCAGGAUCCCGGCCAAAGCGCCUUGCUGGCCUGCCCAGCACCAUCGAGGCCUUCAAGAACCAUAUAUUCAACAACGUCAUAUGGCCCAACCUGACCGAUGAGAACAACGGUGCAGGCCUGGUUACGUACAACCGUCUUGUCGAGGGCGGGUCGCCUGCCAUCGGUGAGGGUGAUGGGCGGGGUUACCUCGAGAUCAGCGAUGGGCUGGCGGUCAAGGUCUGGUGCGUCAGUCAUGGCCACUGUAUGGAGAAACACAGCCACAGGGGUAGUGCGAGCAGCAGUACACGCUUCGGCAGCAUGGAUGGCGCAUCGCCAUCCAUGAAUGCCAUGGGGAUGGGUGGGAGUAUCGCGCCUGGCAUGAUGAGUCCCAGGACACUGGCGCACCAUAACUCGGCAGGCCCAAGCUUGUCGCUGUUCCUACAGCAGCAGGCAGUGGCGCGUGGAGACAUGACUGGUGGGAUGCAGACGCCCCAUGCCGGUCUGGGAACCCGUGGCAGCAGCAUGAGCGCCAUGUUUGGCGGGCACCAGCAACUGAUGGAUACACCCUGUGUCUACGACAGCAGCGCGUACUUUAUUCGCGACUUGGCAACCGGCCGGGAAGUGCUCAUCUUUGGUGACGUCGAGCCCGACAGCAUCAGCUUUACACCCCGUAACGCCAUAGUAUGGGCCGAAGCUGCUCCCAAGAUUGCCACAGGCAGACUGUCGGCCAUAUUUAUAGAGUGUAGCUAUGAUGACAGUCAGGAAUCUGAUCGGUUGUAUGGACACAUGACGCCAAGGUACAUCAGGGAGGAAUUGGCGUUUCUGGCGGCCGAGGUCGCACACGUGCGUGCCAACCUAGCAAGAGAUGGCAGAAAAAGGAAGCGAGACGGGGAAGACGGCAUCGUCCCGAACAGCGGCGUGGCUACCCCAGGCGGCCUUCGGCGGCGGGUAACCGCACACAACUCGAACACGGGCUUGCUAGAAGACCCGGUAUCGCCGAGGACAGUUAGGCCUCCUAGGGCUCCUUCAACCGACGACUUGUCUCAGCCGGCAAUGCAACGGGGUCAACAACAGAGCGCAUACCGGGAUCCAAUUGAUUCGCCGCGUAUAGCUACGCCGACUGCUGAGUUAUCGCUGAGAGAGACCGAGGCUGGCUCGGAGAACGCCAGCACAAGCAGGAAACCUUCUACGACCGAGGGAGCAUCGCUACCUCUAAAAGGCCUCAAGGUAGUUCUCAUCCAUGUCAAGGACCGCAUGGACGAUGAUACUCCCGCAGGGGAUAUUGUUAUACAGGAGCUCGCAGAACACGAGGCCGAGGCACCAACUGGAUGCGAGUUUAUACUAUCCCGAGCUGGUGAGUCACUGUACUUAUAA